UUGAUGCCAUCGUGACAUCACGACGGAUACGUUGCCAGUCAAUACGAUCGUAUUCGUGGUCUUUCCGGUUGUUGAAGUAUUGGAAUCUUGUUCAGUAAAGAUGGGCCGGUAUUCUCAUGAGCCUGAUAAUGCUACGAAGUCGUGUAAGGCCCGUGGGUCAAAUCUUCGAGUACAUUUCAAGAAUACCAGGGAAACAGCAAUGACCCUGAGAAGAAUGGCGUUAAGACGUGCUGUGCGGUAUUUGAAAAAUGUCAUUGAGCAUAAAGAAUGUGUUCCAUUUCGACGAUUCAAUGGAGGUGUUGGACGAUGUGCACAGGCCAAACAGUGGAAAACAACACAAGGCCGUUGGCCCAAGAAAUCUGCUGAAUUCUUGCUGCAGCUGUUGAAGAAUGCAGAAUCAAAUGCAGAUGGCAAGGGAUUAGAUGUUGAUCGCUUGGUUAUUGAGCACAUCCAAGUGAAUCGGGCACCUUGUCUCAGGAGGAGGACUUACAGAGCCCAUGGAAGAAUAAAUCCAUAUAUGAGUUCUCCAUGUCACAUUGAGGUAGUUCUGACAGAAAAGGAGGAGGUGGUUACAAAAGCCACAGAAGAGGAACCUACAAAGAAAAAGGUGUCAAAGAAGAAACUGGCACGGCAGAAGGAAAAAAUGAUGAGAGAUUAGACAUAGAAGUCCGAAUAAUUGUUCAGAGUAUUGAAAAUUCAAAGAAAUGCCAAUAAAGGUGUUGUGUAAAAAUGA